AUGCUUUUGAGAAUUGGCCCAACUUCUUCUCAUCUCCUUCGGUCAACUCCUUCCCCAUUCACUUCAAAAUCCCUAAAACACAAAAAUCCCCAAAUCGAAAAGGGGAUCGAUCGCAGAGGAAGAGCAGCGGCUUCGGAGCCAUCACUCCAGCUCCUCCGCGGUGCUGCCGCCGCUGGUCACAGAACCAGCUCCUCCGCGUUGCUGCGCAGUCGGAAGAAGAGGGAAGGCAUCGCCUCUGUGAAUCCUUCUCCCUCUCGGCGACUGCUCCCUUCCGGCGUUCACACACCACCGCCGGAGUCCAGCAGAGCCCCUCGUCCCUUCGCGAGGCUUCUGCCUCUGCUGCUGCUCGGCGAGGCUCGAGGCGCCGCCGCUUCGCGCUACUGCAUCUCCUUCAACGCCGUCGCCGUCGGUCUCGGCGGUCAACAGGCAGCAGCUAAGAAAGCUGGUGUGCAGGGGCUGUUUUGGAGGAGCAAGAAUGGCAGCUUUGACUUGCCUCUUUUGGGUGAGGGAGAAGCUUGGCUGCCACGUUGCUGUCCAGAAAUGGCUUGCUGCCCUGGGCCCGACGGGCUGAUCUAAUGCGGGCCGCGGUUCGGGCCUGGAGAAGAGGCCCGAAGUGCAUCAAGAUUUCUCCUUUCUCUUCUUUGUUUUAUUUAUUUGAAACCUUUGUUCCAUGUACAUUUUUUUUGGUUAGUUGUUCAUUUUAUUAUCUAUGUAAUGCUAUUUGAAUUUCUUUAUACCUGGGAAAAGACUUCUUGUCCUUCUUUCA